AUGUACAAUAUUAUUAAAGUCAAACCGUUAAAGGAUUUUGUCAAGGAAAAUGAUGAUCCGAGACAAAUUUACUAUGCUUUGCAAGAACUAAACAACGCCUCUUCUAUACGAGAUUUAAUAAAAAAAGAAAGAGAAAAAAUGGAUAUCAAAAUGGAAAAACUUAAUGUUGAAAUGAGUGAAUUUAAAAAAUACGUACAUGAUAAAUCAAUUGAAAUGGAAGAUCAUAUACUUACAAUUAUUAACGAAUGUAAAAAUAUUAUUAAAAAUGAAAAAAUGGAGCAGGAAGAUAAUCGAAGAAAAAUUAAAUAUAUUGGUAUUAACAAAAAAAAAUUAGACAAAAUCGUUCAGGAUAUAAGAUCUCGUAUUGAAAGUUAUAAACCUUAUGAGGUAUAUUAUAUUGUUAUAAUGUUAGUACAACAAUAUGAUAUGAUAAUGCAAAAACACCAAAAACUAUUUCUAAAGCAUUUCUUUUUCACGUUCUUUAAUAUAACACUAAAUAGUACAACCAAAUCUAAUAUUGUUAUUUAA